CCGUGCUGGGAAAGGGGCGGGCCGCGGCGGGGCGGGGUCGCGUCUGCCGCGGCAACCGGGUGCGGCCGAGUGAGGGGCGCGAGCGCGGGCGCCGCUGGCUGGAAGGCAGUUCCCCGGGACCGCUGCUCGGUUCCUGAAUCCGCUGCGCGCCCCUGCUCGGUUCCUGAAUCCGCUGCGCGCCCCGGCCCGGCCACCGCCAGCGUACGGAAAGCUCCAGCCUGAGCCAUGUUUUUCACUUGUGGCCCAAAUGAGGCCAUGGUGGUCUCCGUCUUCCAUAUUCUAGCCCUACCCCUGGUGCUGCAGUUUACUGCCCUCUCACCUUGCAGGCUUCUGCCGAAGCCCCCCAGUCAUGGUGGCUGGAGGACGUGUCUUUGUCCUGCCCUGCAUCCAGCAAAUCCAGAGGAUCUCUCUCAACACACUGACCCUCAAUGUCAAGAGUGAAAAGGUUUACACUCGUCAUGGGGUCCCCAUCUCAGUCACUGGCAUUGCCCAGGUGAAAAUCCAGGGGCAGAACAAGGAGAUGUUGGCAGCUGCCUGCCAGAUGUUCCUGGGGAAGACGGAAGCUGAGAUUGCCCACAUUGCACUGGAGACUCUGGAGGGCCACCAGAGAGCUAUCAUGGCUCACAUGACUGUGGAGGAAAUCUAUAAGGACAGACAGAAAUUUUCAGAGCAAGUUUUCAAAGUGGCCUCCUCAGACCUGGUCAACAUGGGCAUCAGUGUGGUUAGCUACACCCUGAAGGACAUUCAUGAUGAUCAGGACUAUUUACACUCCUUAGGGAAGGCUAGAACAGCUCAAGUCCAAAAAGAUGCUCGGAUUGGGGAGGCAGAAGCCAAAAGAGAUGCUGGGAUCCGGGAAGCCAAAGCUAAGCAGGAGAAGGUGUCUGCCCAGUACCUGAGUGAGAUCGAGAUGGCCAAGGCACAGAGAGACUAUGAGCUAAAGAAGGCCACAUAUGACAUCGAGGUCAAUACCCGCCGCGCACAGGCUGACCUCGCCUAUCAGCUUCAGGUGGCCAAAACUAAGCAGCAGAUCGAGGAGCAGCGGGUCCAGGUGCAGGUGGUGGAGCGGGCCCAGCAGGUGGCAGUGCAGGAACAGGAGAUCGCCCGCCGAGAGAAGGAGCUGGAGGCCCGAGUUCGGAAGCCCGCAGAAGCCGAGCGCUACAAGCUGGAGCGCCUAGCUGAGGCAGAGAAGUCCCAGCUGAUCAUGCAAGCUGAGGCAGAAGCUGAGUCUGUGAGGAUGCGUGGGGAGGCCGAGGCCUUUGCCAUAGGGGCUCGAGCUCGGGCCGAGGCUGAGCAGAUGGCCAAGAAGGCAGAAGCGUUCCAGCUGUAUCGUGAGGCCGCUCAGCUAGACAUGCUGCUGGAGAAGCUGCCCCAGGUAGCAGAGGAGAUCAGUGGUCCCCUGACCUCAGCCAAUAAGAUCACACUGGUGUCCAGUGGAGGUGGGACCAUGGGGGCGGCCAAAGUGACUGGGGAAGUACUGGACAUCCUGACCUGCCUGCCGGAGAGUGUGGAGAGACUCACAGGCGUCAGCAUCACCCAGGUUAACCACAAGCCUUUGCGAACAGCCUGAGCCAACCUUUGCUCCAGUACCUAGCCUCGUGGUUGCCAGAAUAGUACCCAUACUGCAUGCACAACUGGCUUCCCUGAGCAUGCCCUUGACAGUGGGGUACUCCCCCAUCUCCUUGCCAAAUAGCCUGUGCCUUCCCUUGGAGGGGAAGGGUUGCUCUUCCCAGCCCCACACUGCCAAGACUACCAGUCCCCCAGGGGUUCCAUGCCAGCCUUCUGAUUAUCUUACCCCAAUUUAACUUCCUAGACCACAUGCACCUAUUGUCCAGAAUUUUCCUGACCAAAACUGAGGGAUGGCCUGAGGUUAACUUUGUCAAAUCAAUUGCUGUUAAAAAGCACUAAUACUGGUUAACAAUUAAUAAAGCAGAACUCAUUCAAAAUUAA